CUCUGGGCGUCGGCUCUGGUCGCUGAGCAGCUGGGGGUUCCUCGGCGGGCGCCCGAGUGUAGGAAAGGAGUUUCCGGGCUCGGGUUCCCGCCGCCCGCCCGGGGAAGGAGCACGGAAGCCGGCGGGCGGCGCGGGGCGGAGCCAGGGACGCGGAGGGCGUGGACGCGGCCGCUCCGGAGGGGCCCCAAGUUAAUGAGGCGCGCGCCGGCGGCCGGGAACCUCUCCGAGCUGGGCUUUCCCUCGCGGUUCGGGCGCCAGGAGCCGCCUUUUCCGCUGGGUGUCACUGGGGGGUGGGGAAGAUGGCCCAUUCAAAAGCGCCGCGAGGGGGCCCGGCCAGUGCCCUUCUGUGAGCGCUCGCAAGAGGACGGCAGCGGCCCGGCAGCUCGCGGCUGCGGGACCUUGUGGCGGCGCCUCAGGACGCGGCUGCCGCUCUGCCCAGACCCCGCGCAGCCGCCGCUCUGCCUUCUGCCGGUCAGCCUCCUCUGCGCGCUCCGGGCGGGCGGCCGUGGGAGCUGUUGGGGCGAGGACGGCGCGCGGCUGUUACUGCUGCCCCCGGCCCGAGCGGCUGGAAGCGGAGAGGCCGAGCCAAGCGGCGGUCCCCUCUAUGCUGGGAGGAUGUUGGAGAGCAGCGGCUGCAAGGCGCUGAAGGAGGGCGUGCUGGAGAAGCGUAGCGACGGGUUGCUGCAGCUCUGGAAGAAAAAGUGCUGCAUCCUCACCGAGGAGGGGCUGCUGCUCAUCCCGCCCAAGCAGCUGCAACAGCAGCAGCAGCAGCAGCAGCAGCCUGGGCAGGGACCUGCCGAGCCGUCCCAACCCGGCGGACCCCCGGUCUCCGGCCUUGAGCCGCCGGUCAAGCUCAAAGAAUUGCACUUUUCCAACAUGAAGACCGUGGAUUGCGUGGAGCGCAAGGGCAAGUACAUGUACUUCACUGUGGUGAUGGCUGAGGGCAAAGAGAUCGACUUUCGCUGCCCACAGGACCAGGGCUGGAACGCCGAGAUCACGCUGCAGAUGGUGCAGUACAAGAAUCGUCAGGCCAUCCUGGCGGUCAAGUCCACGCGGCAGAAGCAGCAGCACUUGGUCCAGCAGCAGGCGCAGCAGCAGCUCCCGCAGCCGCAGCCGCAGCUCCAGCCCCAGCCCCAGCCCCAGCCCCAGCCCCAGCAGCCUCAGCCCCAGCAGCCUCAGCCCCAGCCCCAGCCCAAGCCUCAGCCCCAACCCCAACCCAAACCUCAGCCCCAGCAGCUCCAUCCAUAUCCGCAUCCACAUCCGCACUCUCAUCCGCACCCCCACCCGCAUCCGCACCCUCACCCCCACCAACUACCGCACCCGCACCAACAACCGCACUCGCAGCCGCACGGCCACCGGCUUCUCCGCAGCACCUCCAACUCUGCCUGAAGGGGGCAGCACCGGGGCCGGCAAGGUUUCGAGGACUUGAGGAAGUGGGACGAGCAUAUUUCUAUUGUCUUCGCUUGGAUCGAAAACAAGACUCCCCACCCGGCAGCAGAUCUUGCAGUUUGGACGUCACCCUACCGAAAACUCGGGAUUCUCAGUUUUCUGCGUACUCUUCAUCACGAUGCAGGAAACGACUUCAAGUAGAGAAGACUUUAUUUAUGAACCUUUGAAAGGAUCUUUCAGUAUGGUGGACCUUGUAGGAGCGAUGAUGUACUGUAAUUUUAUUUUAAUGUAUUUUGAUUUAUGAUUAUUUAUUAGUUUUUUAAAAAUGCUUGUUCUAAGACAUUUCUGAAUGUAGGUCAUUUUACAAAAAGGAAACUUUAUUUUCGAAAACUUGUUCUCUGGUGAGUCCUAAUCUUGGAAAAGAAAAAAAGAGAAAGGGCGGUGGAGGGGAAAACAUGAAUCCGUUCAUGAUUCCUGGGGCAUUUUCAGGAGGUCUGACACUUUCAUUGUUAUGCCAGGUGGCUGAAAUUAAACUGAUAUUUUUUUUUUGAGUUUUUUCCUCCUUAGUUUGUAUAGAGUAGAAGUUUAAAAAAGCUAAAAGUUCAGAAUUGUGUAAUUAUGAAAAUCUAAUGCUGAAGUUAUUGUUUUUCUAAAACGAAAUCCGUAGUAAUGAUAUCUGGUUUCUAAAUAUUUGAAACAUAACCAAACUGAUGACAGAAUGAUCAUAUCUUGACUGUGGUAGGACUGGGUAUACUGUAGGAAAAACCUUGCUUAAAUCAUAUGUAUGUAAAGGGUUUCAUAAGUUGAGUCCCUUUGAUUGAUUUAUAAGUAUGAAUGCCUUAGAUGAUUCAUUUCAAAAAUGUCAUGGGGGAAAACAGAAUCAUUUAACUGGUUUAGAGAGUAUUUUUGCCCCUGUCCGGACUAGUACCCUUCUCCAAGAGCUUUGCCCACUUAACUUGAACCACAUUUUCUGAUCCUUUUACUUUAUUCUAGAGGCACACCGAAGUAUCUCAUCAUUGAAAGUACAGUUUGUAAAUAAAGGAGUAGGAAUCAUAACUUUUAGUUUUCAUACCGCAAUGAUGUUUAUCAGAGAAACCAACUGUUUUGCUUUUUAUUGCUCUGUGAGAAAAAUUGAAUAGGAAAGGACUGGGUAAAUACUGGAUUUUCAGUAAGAAAACAACCCCAGUCUUGUUUUGGCAGCCACUUGUUCAGGAGGACUGUAGGAGAAAAAAAGAGGAUGUGCUUUUAAAGGUAGAACAAACCCUCUUCUGUGUUAAAUCAAAAGGAUGGUUAAAAUCUAAGAGGGCAGAUGCUACUUAAGUUUAAAAAGAGCCAUAGAUGAUACCACAUCCUCUUGGGGCUGAAUAUCACUUCCUAUCUGCAUGGCUUCACUAACUGGUCUCUGUUUUCCAUUAUCUUUUUCACAAAAGUCCUGGUCAGUGUUUUUCCAGCAUUUCAAUUGGAAUAGUCAGUAUUAGACCACUGCUAAGUUCUGUAGUCAAGAAAUGGAAAUGGAAUUGCAUGCU